GAUUCGAACAACCCGUACGGUCCCCUGGUUUCCCCAGAUUCUUCCCCAUUGAUCCUUUCUGUUAUACUCAGCCAACAACAAAUCAAGUAACUGUUCGAAACCCAAAAAAAUAAUGUCUUCUCUACAACAAAUCCUGCGCCCUGCGCGCCGCUCCCUCACACCUCGUCUCCUCCGUUCUUUCUCCACCGCACCUCGCCUCAGCGCCCGAGUCGGCAAUGCGCCGCCUGUAGACCCGCCGCCGCAGGGCGAGAUGGGCGUCGGCGAGCUCGAGGGUCUCGAAUUUAAGAUCCAACCUCUGCGGAGGGUAGGCGAGGACGCCAAGACGAUGCGCGCACGCCUGGUUUACCAGAGCCGGAAGCGAGGAACCCUGGAAUCCGAUCUACUCCUGUCGACUUUUGCGGAUAAAUACCUACCGACUAUGACCCUGAAGCAAAUGGCGCAGUACGACAAGUUCCUCGACGAGAACGACUGGGAUAUCUACUACUGGGCGACGCAGGAGACGCCCUCGCCCGCCGCUCAGGAGGCAGCAGCGGAAGCUGCAUCUUCCACCCCGGCCGAAAGCACAUCAGAGACCAGGUCGUCGCCAUCCGCCCAAAGUGGCAAGUCGACCUGGUCACCCACCUCCCCCUUCGCCGAGUCGGUCGCCAACCUCAAGGCCGGGAAGGAUGCGGCGGCGGCGGCGGCGGCGGCCUCAGAGGAGCCGUACCGCAAGCCGGGUGAGGGCGAGUGGGCGCAGACCGUGGGUACCUUCAGGCCAGCGUACCGGCCGGUGCCGGCACGGUGGAAGGAUAGUGAGGUGUUGGAGAUGUUAAGGGAGCAUGUUAAGAGGCGGAGUAAGGGGGGUGCCGAGGGGGUGGUAUGGGGUUUAUGCCCAUUUUAAAACCUCAGUAGAUUGAGGAAAACAAGUUGGUGGGGCCUCAGAUUUGCUGGGUGUACUAUAAUGAUCAUUAUAACGGUGUGUAAGUAUUAGCUAACUAGACGAAGACUGGGUUGUACUGUACAGGUCAAGGAAUAGGGGUUCAAAUCAGGGCUUCGAAAUGUGGUCGAUAUCAGCCUAUUAUAGUCGCCCGGUUUGCUACCGAGCUUCGUGCAUUGAUGAAGGCAGCAUCUGUUGACUGUGACUAUUUGAGCCUUAUGUGUAGAUUCUGUGUCUAUUCGACUCGAACAUACUAUUACCGGC